AAGGAGGGAGGAGGAGCCGCGCCGGAGCUGCCCCCGCCCCGCUGGAGCCCGGCUGGAGCGUGAGGACACCCUGGCCCCCCGCCCCGCGCCGCUCUCCCCGCCUCUCCCCACGCCUUCCGCCUUCACCUAGGGCCGUAGGUGCGGCGCCGGGAGCGGGCGGGAACUGCCAGCGGCCGGAGCCGCAAGCCGGAGCCAGCCACGCAGCCGCCCGCGCAACCCGCUCCCAACCUCGCCGGGUCUCUGUUCCGCCGCCGGGAACUGCAAGGAGGCGUCAUGUAGCAGCAGCCGCAAACCCACCUCGGAUUUGCAACUCUUUUUUUUUUUUUUUUUUUUUUGGUGGGGCGGGGGACGCGGCCAAAUUCUAUCUCCGUCCCCACCUUUCACACCUUCUCCCGUUUGCGAGCUGCAUCUGCCUCUAGGAAAUUGAGGGAGUCGGGGGAGGGUGGGGGCCGUAAAUCAGAGUUGGACCUGCAACAUUCCCCGCACCUAGAGGGCCAUGGCCGAGGAGAGCUCCGAGGUGCCCGGGGAGUUGAUAGAAUCUAACCAGGAGGAGAAAAGGGAAAGUGUGUGCUGAGAAGUUAAGCUGGAAAAACGUGAAAGGCCUUUCGUGGCGUGCUGGAAGGUUUGGAUUCAUCCAAAAAUGACUGUGGAUUCUUUACCACUGCACCACCUGAGAAGCCCCUGAGAGAACGGAAUUGGAGAUAAAGAAGAUUUCUAGCUUCAUGAAGGGCCGGAAGAGGAGCAGGGAAAAUCAAAUCAAACUGACUUUGAUUUGGGACCUGUUCACUUUGGGGAAAGCAUAAAGGAUGUUCUUGGCAGAAAGAUAAAGAUUGCAUUGAAGAAGAAAGUAAAGCUGGAAGUGAAGGGAGACAAAGUUGAAAACAGAGUGCUGGUGCUCACGUCAUGCCGUGCCUUCCUCGUCACAGCACGAAUCCCCACCAAGCUCGAGGUAACCUUCAGCUACUUGGAGAUUCACGGUGUCAUCUGCAGCAAGCCGGCUCAGAUGGUUGUGGAAACUGAGAAGUGCAGCAUCUCCAUGAAGAUGGCGUCGCCCGAGGACGUGAGCGAGGUGCUGGCGCACAUCGGCACCAACCUGCGCAAGAUCUUCCCUGGCCUCUCCCCAGUAAGAAUCAUGAAAAAAGUCUUCAUGGAGCCAUCUGAGCGACUGGCCAGCCUCCAAGCUCUGUGGGACAGCCAGACUGUGACUGAGCAGGGCCCCUGUGGUGGAUUUUCUCAGAUGUAUGCCUGUGUUUGUGACUGGCUUGGAUUUUCAUACAGGGAAGAAGUACAAUGGGAUGUGGAUACAAUUUAUCUGACACAAGACACCAGGGAAUUGAAUUUACAAGACUUCAGUCAUCUUGACCACAGGGACUUAAUACCUAUCAUUGCUGCUCUGGAAUACAAUCAGUGGUUCACUAAGCUAUCCUCUAAGGAUCUAAAACUGUCCACUGAUGUCUGUGAACAGAUCUUGAGGGUGGUGAGCAGGUCCAAUCGACUGGAAGAAUUGGUGUUGGAAAAUGCUGGACUUAGAACAGAUUUUGCACAAAAACUGGCCAGUGCUCUAGCACAUAAUCCCACUUCAGGGCUGCACACGAUUAACCUUGCUGGCAACCCACUGGAGGAUCGAGGUGUGUCCUCUUUAAGCAUUCAAUUUGCCAAACUCCCAAAGGGAUUAAAGCAUUUAAAUUUGUCUAAAACCUCAUUGUCACCUAAAGGGGUGAAUAGCCUUUCUCAGUCACUGAGUGCCAACCCUUUGACCGCCACCACCCUCGUUCAUCUGGACCUCUCAGGGAAUAUCCUUCGCGGAGAUGACCUCUCGUCCAUGUACAGUUUUUUGGCCCAGCCAAAUGCCAUUGCUCAUCUGGACUUAUCCAAUACUGAAUGUUCCCUGGACAUGGUCUGUGGAGCUCUUCUGCGUGGCUGCCUUCAGUAUUUAGCUGUGCUCAAUCUCUCCAGAACUGUGUUUUCUCACCGGAAAGGAAAAGAAGUACCGCCGUCUUUCAAGCAGUUUUUUAGUAGUUCUCUGGCUCUGAUGCAAAUCAACCUUUCAGGCACAAAACUGUCUCCUGAGCCCUUAAAAGCGCUGUUAUUGGGCCUGGCUUCUAAUCAUAACUUGAAGGGAGUUUCUCUUGAUCUCAGCAACUGUGAGCUGAGAUCUGGAGGUGCGCAGGUACUAGAGGGCUGCAUUGCUGAAAUCCACAACAUCAGCAGCCUAGACAUCUCUGAUAAUGGUUUAGAAUCUGACCUAUCUACCUUAAUAGUGUGGCUCAGUAAAAACAGAUCAAUACAACACCUGGCGUUAGGCAAAAAUUUUAAUAAUAUGAAAUCCAAAAAUCUGACACCUGUGUUGGACAACUUAGUACAGAUGAUUCAAGAUGAAGAAUCACCUCUGCAGUCCUUGUCCCUGGCCGACUCAAAACUCAAGACCGGGGUCACCAUCAUCAUCAAUGCCCUGGGUAGCAACACCUCCCUGACCAAAGUGGACAUCAGUGGGAAUGGCAUGGGGGACAUGGGGGCGAAGAUGCUGGCCAAAGCACUGCAGAUCAACACCAAGCUCAGGACUGUUAUAUGGGACAAGAACAACAUUACUGCACAAGGCUUUCAAGAUAUAGCUGUUGCUAUGGAAAAGAACUACACAUUGAGAUUUAUGCCAAUUCCUAUGUACGAUGCUUCUCAGGCCUUAAAAACAAACCCUGAAAAGACAGAAGAGGCUCUCCAGAAGAUAGAAAACUAUCUGCUCCGGAAUCACGAGACUAGAAAAUACCUUCAAGAGCAGGCCUAUCGCCUCCAGCAGGGCAUUGUCACCAGCACCACACAGCAGAUGAUUGACAGAAUGUGUGUGAAAGUACAAGAUCAUCUCAACUCCUUACGAAGCUGUGAGGGAGAUGCCGUCCAGGAAGAUUUAAAAUCAGCAGAAAGACUCAUGCAGGAUGCCAAGAACUCUAAAACGCUGUUACCAAAUUUAUACCAUGUUGGUAGUGUAUCUUGGGCGGGAGCCAGUGGUUUGUUAUCCAGUCCAAUUCAGGAGACCCUGGAAUCAAUGGCCGGAGAAGUUACAAGAGUUGUUGAUGAACAACUCAAGGCGUUGCUUGAGUCCAUGGUUGAUGCUGCCGAGAAUCUUUGCCCCAACGUGAUGAAAAAAGCCCACAUUCGACAAGACUUGAUUCAUGCCAGCACUGAAAAGAUUUCCAUCCCACGUACCUUUGUUAAAAAUGUCCUGUUGGAGCAGUCUGGAAUUGAUAUCCUUAACAAAAUUAGUGAGGUGAAGUUGACAGUGGCCUCCUUCCUGUCUGAUCGAAUCGUGGACGAAAUUCUGGAUGCACUUUCACACUGCCAUCAUGAAUUGGCUGACCAUUUCAGCAGACGUGGCAAGACCCUUCUUCAGCAAGAUUCCUUGGAGAUGGAGCUUGCUGAGGAGAAGCCGGUUAAACGCUCCAUCAUCACGGUGGAGGAGCUCACGGAGAUAGAGCGUUUGGAAGAUCUAGAUACCUGUAUGAUGACUCCUAAAUCCAAAAGGAAGACUAUCCACAGCCGAAUGCUGCGGCCUGUUUCCAGGGCUUUUGAAAUGGAAUUUGAUCUAGAUAAAGCCCUAGAAGAAGUGCCCAUUCAUAUCGAAGAUCCGCCUUUUCCAUCCAUCCGACAAGAGAAGCGGAGCUCAGGGUUUAUCUCUGACUUGCCCUCGGAGGAAGGAAGGAAGCUGGAGCACUUUACCAAGUUAAGACCAAAACGGGCUAAGAAGCAGCAGUCCACGCACCCAGCGGGCUGUGCUACCAGCAUAGUCUCCCAAGAUGGUGAGCAGAACGGUCUUAUGGGGAGAGUGGAUGAAGGUGUAGAUGAAUUUUUCACCAAGAAGGUGACCAAAAUGGAUUCCAAGCGAUGGUCAGCGAGGGGCUCAGAGUCCCACGAGCUUAGUGAAGGAGGAGAUGAGAAGAAAAAACGUGACUUUCGGAAAACUGGCUUUCUCAAUUUAAUCAAACCCCGGACCAAACCUGAGCGGUCUUCAACAGUCUUGACAGCAGAAGAACUCUCCUCCCCCAAGGCAGGAGUCAGAAGUCCAGCUGUGGACGCCCCCAGGAAGGACACAAAGCCAGCCGAGCACAAUGGCAGUGCUGAUCGGGUGGAGGAGAUCAAAACACCCGACUCCUUAGAAGAAAGUCAAGGGGAAGACGUGGGGAAGGUGGACCGGAGUGACAGCAAGGGCAGCCCACAGGGAGGGCGUAGGUACGGGGUCCAGAUGAUGGGCAGUGGGCUGCUGGCGGAGAUGAAAGCCAAGCAGGAGAUGAAAGCCAAGGCUGCUUGCUCACUGAAGAAACUUGGGAACGAUGCUGUCUCCCAGGAUUCUUCCAGCCUGACCUUGAGCAGCACAGAACGGUUGGAUGGAGGUGGGGCUGUGCCUAAAGUGCAUCCAGAGAACCGCUUCGGUUUGGGAACCCCAGAAAAGAAUGCCAAAGCCGACCUCAAGGCGGAGGCAGGCUCCAAGCCCCGGAGCUUUUCCAACAGGCCCACCAGCCCGAAGCCCCUCCUGCAGGCCCCCAAACCCAACCUGGCGGUGCGGCCCACCAUUCCGCAGAAACCAAGAACUGCCUCGCGGCCUGAGGAUGUCCCAGACUCUCCAUCCAGUCCGGGUUCUCCUAAAGUUGCUCUUCUUCCUCCCGUCUUGAAAAAAGUUCCUUCAGACAAAGAGAGAGAUGGCCAGGGCAGCCCGCAGCCUAGUCCCAGGACCUUUUCCCGGGAAGUAGUGCAAAGAGGAGAUUAUUACAAAAGGCAUUCAGAUCAUGACAGUGGCAAGCCUUCCGGUAGAGGGAAAAGACCUUCAAAACUGUACUCCACCAUUGCAGAAGAGGAAGUGAAUGCAAUUGGGCGCAGGAAGUCACAGCCAACACAUGUGUCCAGGAGAAGCUGGAGCCAGCAGGCCCAGGAGUGUCAAGAGCAAAAGCAGUGGGCCUCCAGUAAAGAUGGCCAGCCAGGCAGCAAAUCCAGCGACUCUGGGGAAGAAGCGGAGAGAGAGUAUAUUUUUGUGUAAUGGUCACCCACGCAGAAGUCUUCUGUGAGGGGUGCUUCUGUUAGCCAUCAGAGAGGAACCAAGGGCAACAUCUCUUUCUUCUUCUAAGCAUUUGUCUCUUGGUGCUUUUUUUUUCUCCUUUUUUCCUCGAGAACCAAAACAAAUCCAUUUCUUGGGAAUCAAAGCACAGGUUUGAUCUUUCCCAACCCUUGGCAUUUGAUUUCUAUGCAUUCCUUCAUCUGCCUUCAACAAAUGCCAGCAUUAUCCCAUGGGCCCUACUUGAAUUUCUCUGAGGCAGCUACAGGUUGCCCCGUCAGAUGAGUGUGGGGAGGUAAACGAGGUAACUGGACACAUACUCCUGAGGAACGCCCUCCAGCUGACUGGGGCACUGCUGCAUGCACCUGUGUCGCAGCUGCACUUGACGCCUAGAGCAAUUUAUUCUUGAUGUAUGCGGUUGCACACUGUAAUUAACAGAGCACACUAAUAAUUUGUAUAAAUUAUAUAUAUCAGAUCUUGGGUAUGGCUUUUACAUUCUCCCAUGGGGAACUUCUUCCUUCCCGACGUGGAAUUGUACAUUUAAAUUUGGUACGGUGACCUUUGUGAUACCACCACCAAGUGAGUUAAGAACCGAGUGAAAGGCCCAUGGCUGAUUCUACCAUGCUCCCAGAUUAAUGUAUAUAGUUGACUGGAAUGAGGUUUUAUGAAUAUUCAUGUUUUUUGAAGGCCUUUAAUUUCUGUUCUGCAUAUUAGCUUUUAAUGUGUGAUUAAGAGAGAAUACUUUGACACCUGUAAAAAAUCAAAAUACUACUUUUUAAGACAUUUCACAAAUAUUCACUUACAUUACAGGCUGAGGUAUUUUAUUCAUAUGUAUAUUUAUACCAAUAAAAUGAUUUUACAAGUGGAA